AUGCUCUUACGUGCUGCCCAGUUGAUCUGCAAUUCCUUCACCAUCUGCAACGCGGAGAUGCAGGAGGUCGGCGUGGGCCUGUACCCCAGUAUGUCUUUGCUCAAUCACAGCUGUGACCCCAACUGUUCGAUCGUGUUCAAUGGGCCCCACCUCCUACUACGCGCCGUCCGAGACAUCCAGGCCGGAGAGGAGCUCACCAUCUGCUACCUGGACAUGCUGAUGACCAGUGCGGAGCGCCGGCAGCAGCUGAGGGACCAGUACUGCUUCGACUGUGACUGCGCCCGGUGCCUGACGCAGGACAAGGAUGCUGAUAUGCUGACUGGUGAUGAGAAAGUGUGGAAGGAAGUUCAAGAAUCCUUGAAAAAAAUCGAAGAACUGAAGGCACAGUGGAGUAUCCUUUUCGCUGUUUGCAGUGUUAAUGCCCCGUUUGAACAACCAGUGAGGUCAGGUGAUGACUUCAUCGCUCCUGACCUUGGCCACACUGUGACGCUGACCUUGGAGGAGACGGUGUCCACGUUCCAGUUUCAUCCAAAGCCCCUGCUGCCCCAGCUCCCUGGCUCCGCCGUCAUCUUUCACUCAGGAGAAGUUCUUUUAUGA